AAGAAGGACAGGAGGACAGAAAAGAAAGGAAAAUGCUGGAUUUAUCCGCGAGGAAAGGAGUCCAAUUUUCUUUGGGAUUAUAAAACCACUGGAACACUUUUUUUAAAUUCUUAAAUUAUUAUUAUUUAUUUUGGGGUUAAAACCUCCAAGAACGCACGCAUCACAAUCCUCCGACUCAGGAGAAAGUUUUGGGAUUGACUAUCUCGCUUUCAGGAUGCGCAUGCGCAGCGGCGCUUUGUGAGCUGCUCCAUGCAUCUUACUGCGCCCGUUUAACCUAUUUAUUUAUUUUUAUUUAUUUAUUUAUUUAUAAUGUAUUUAUUGAAGAUGCUGCUGGGCGUCGCGGUGCUGGCCACGUUGCUGGGUCAGGGUCUGUGCUCGGGGGUGUUCGAGCUGCGUCUGCAGGAGUUCCUCAACAAGAAGGGCGCGCAAGGCAACAGGAACUGCUGCGGUCGGGGGGGCAACGGCGGUGGGGGAUCCUCUUCACCUUCGUCCGUUCAGCAGUGCGCCUGCCAGACCUUCUUUCGCGUGUGUCUGAAGCACUACCAGCCCAACGCUUCGCCCGAGCCGCCGUGCACGUACGGCGGCGCCGUGACGCCCGUUCUGGGCGCCAACUCCUUCCAGGUGCCUGACACCAUCCCGGAGAGUUCAUUCACCAAUCCCAUCAGGAUCAACUUCGGAUUCACUUGGCCGGGGACCUUCUCUCUCAUCAUUGAGGCCCUGCACACUGACUCCAAAGACGAUCUGUCCACAGAGAACCCGGAGCGUGUGAUCAGCACCAUAAGCACGCAGCGGCACUUGACUGUGGGCGAGGAAUGGUCGCAGGACCUGCACACGGCCGGCCGAACGGAGCUCAAGUACGCCUAUCGUUUUGUGUGUGACGAACACUACUACGGCGACGGGUGCUCCGUCUUCUGUCGGCCCCGGGACGACGCCUUCGGACACUUUACGUGCGGAGAGCGUGGGGAAAUUGUGUGCGAUGCUGGAUGGAAAGGACAGUACUGUACCGAGCCGAUUUGCCUGCCUGGCUGCGAUGACGAGCACGGCUUCUGCGAGAAACCCGGCGAGUGCAAGUGCCGUGUAGGCUUCAAGGGGCGCUACUGCGACGAGUGCAUCCGAUACCCGGGCUGCCUCCACGGGACAUGCCAGCAGCCGUGGCAGUGCAACUGUCAGGAGGGGUGGGGAGGCCUCUUCUGCAACCAAGACCUGAACUACUGCACGCACCACAAGCCGUGCAUGAAUGGAGCCACUUGUAGCAACACGGGCCAGGGCAGCUACACCUGUUCCUGCAAACCCGGCUUCACGGGCGCCAGCUGUGAGCUGCAAGUCAAUGAAUGCGCCGGAAACCCUUGCCGAAAUGGGGGCAGCUGCACCGACCUCGAGAACACGUACAGGUGCGAAUGCCCUCACGGUUUCUACGGCAACAACUGCGAGCUAAGCGCCAUGACAUGCGCCGACGCACCGUGCUCCAACGGCGGCCGCUGCACCGACAACCCGGAUGGCGGCUACUUCUGCCAAUGCCCCACCGGGUACGCCGGCUUCACCUGCGAGAAGAAGAUAGAUCACUGUACCUCGGCGCCCUGCUCAAACGGUGCUCGUUGCGUGGAUCUGGUCAACUCGUACCUGUGCCAGUGCCCAGAUGGCUUCACGGGCAUGAACUGCGACAACACUGGUGACGAGUGUUCCUCGUACCCCUGCCAGAACGGUGGCACCUGCCAGGAUGGCGUCCACGGCUACACCUGCACCUGCCCGCCAGGUUACACGGGGCGCAACUGCAGCUCGCCCAUCAGCCGAUGCGAGCACAACCCAUGUCACAACGGCGCCACCUGCCACGAGAGGAACAACCGCUACGUCUGCGCCUGUGUCCCGGGUUACGGCGGACGCAACUGUCAGUUUUUGCUUCCGGAACACGCCGCCAUCCGAGGUUCCGAAGUGCCCUGGAUGGCUGUAGGAUCCGGGGUUGCCAUGGUGCUCCUACUUCUGGCAGGGUGCGCGGUCCUUGUCGGAUUCUUCCGCUCCAAAGUCCAACGUGACAGUCCCGGGGAAGUGGGAUGCGAGAGCGAAACCAUCAACAACCUGACUAAUAACUGCCAACGUGGUGAACGGGAUAGCAUGGUGUUGUCGACUCCGGGAGUGAAAAACAUCAACAAAAAGAUGGACUUAUGUAGCGGAGGGGACCCUGACGAAGGGUCGUCACCGGGGCGGCGGAGCUACAAGAGCAGGCCGCCACCUGCUGACUACAACCUGGUGCGCGAGGUCAUUUAUGAGCAGGCGGCCAAAGAAGCCGUAUUAGAGGCAGCCUGCGAAGACAAGUGCCAAUCUUCGGACUCCUUUGAGUUUGAGGAGAAACACAGCAAAUCCUUAAAAUGCGAUAUUUUGGAGAGGAAUAGCCCAGAAACGUCUGCAUGUGCAGACAACAAGUACAAAUCUGUGUUUGUCAUGUCGGAGGAGAAGGACGAAUGUAUAAUUGCAACUGAGGUGUAAAAGGGCCGGCGACGGGCUCACUCAUUUUGCUGUAUGGGAGACUUUUUAUGCUCCUGGAUGAGAUGCUGCUCUAAGCUCGCUGCUGCUGAGACCUUUGACUGAUAUUCAGACUGAGCUGGUUCUCGACUGGAAACUUCGGUGGCCUGCCGGAUAGGAACUGGCGGGGUCGUGUAAGGGGGAAGUAAAUAUGUCAAGUUCUCGGUUAAACGUGAACGGCCACUUAGCUUUCUGUUUUGCCUCUUUGUUGGGCAUAGGGGGUACAAAUGAAGAUAAAUAUUACAUGGACGGUGUGAGGAUUUUUUUAAAGGCACCAAGAUAGGAUUUUCUUUGUUAAUUGUUUUUUUUUUUUGUUGUUGUUGUUGCAACAUUUGCACCCAGGCCUUUUCUCGAACCCAGGAACCGCAACAAAUGGCGGAUGUUUGGCCAUACUGGCCUCUUCGUAAAGAAAAAAAAAUUAUAAAGGAAAAAAAAAAAAGAGCGGUCACUGUAUGAACUUUGAAGUUUCUUACCCUCCAAACUGCCCAUGACAUAAGUAUUGUUGUCCUCUAUUCCUCUGAACGGUUUCUCAUGCAGAUUAUCCUUUUUGUAACAUAAAGAGAAAAAAACAAGAAAAAGUUAUGAUUUAAUUUAAGUUAAUUUAAGCAUUUUGUGUUAUUCUUAUUUUAUAUUGUGUAUUUGUGCUUGUUUGUCAGGAUUAUUUAAAUUGCUUUCUUUUGACAGAUGAUAUUUGCAAUGGCACUUCAGGUCAAUGGGAAAGGAAAAAAAAGUUAUUUAAGAGGGAUUGUGCUGUACAACGUAUUCUUCUGCUCUUUGUCAAUGAAGGAAUUA